AUGAUAAUUAUAAGUCGUGAAUGUGAGUUUCCUGCCCAAUGGUCCGGUCGAUGGUUUCAAUCUGGCGUGAGCCAUCCCAUCAAUAUAAAUACGACCACCAUCACGACCAAAGGAGAUUGCGUGCAGAACGUCAGUGACAAGUUUCUGAUCGAAGACAGGGAAGAAGACUGCAGAAGGUGCCUGGUGAUCACGGAAAAACACCAGAACGUGAUACAGUACAAAGAGAACGCAAUAUGCGAAAAACGCAGCCUCGACGAACUGUGCGGAGAGAUUACCAGUGACGCUCCGCUCUACUCCAUGUUUAGGGUAGAUGCCACUCCGAUCCCGUGCCCGUUUGAUGGGCUUCAAGCGCCGUUUCAUUUCUCGUAUAGCCGUGGUGGUUUCACCGAAUGCAAGUCGCCGGUUUCAAAAGCCGAUUCGUGUACGUCAGACUCGAGGUUGAUGCUCAAGUUUCAAGCUUGCCCGGACGUCCAUAACACCGAGAGCACAGUCGAGGAACUGUUGUGUUUGGCCACGUGGAAAGACGGCUCGACGAAGUACAUGAUCGGUAAGCUGGAACAUACGCCUACGUCAUCGGAUGAAGAAAAAUAUCGGUGCUUUGUUGUGGGCAAAUCGAUAGGUGGUUCGUUCGAUAUGGCCCAGUCAGGAGAUGCAACGUGUAAUGGUAUGUCGUCGCCCACUGACGGGUCAAGAACGAUGAAGUUCGUCAGAGCGGAGAACCACCACCACCACGGCUCUGGUUCUGGUUGCCGGUACCCGUCGUGGUUGACCGAACACCACACCUGGCACUCGCUGAGCCACGGUCACGUUUACCAUUUCUCGCCAAGAAACGGCACGUUGAGGAAGAGCGUCCCGGGGGCUGGGCCGGACCACGACAUCCGAGCCGCGUGUUACAAGGUAAUCAACGUCACCGAAAACAAGGCGCUGAUCAUCACUCAUUACACUAUCGGCUGCCAAAGCGGAUAUGCGUGCAUGGGGUUUUAUCGCCGUGACAGCCAAGUUGUUGAGGUCCAAGAGAGUGAAAACCCGAUGGAGAACGCAGACGACGCUUGUCGGCCAGACAACUUCCACUCGCAGCAGUUGACGUUCAGCACGUUAGUGCCUCCGUCGCCUAAAGGUCGCGAGUGCCCGUUCCUCGGCCGUUACGAGAUCAGCGGCGGACUUAAUGCCGAAGACGUGGGAAAAGCGCUGGCCGCCAGCCAACCCGGCAGCGAGAACAACCUAGACAAACCAUCGAUCCCGUGCAACCCACCUGGAAAACAGUACCUGACCAUCGGCUGCAAUUCGCCGGACACCAUGGAGUUCCAGUCAGAGUGUGGUACCAAGACCGUAGCCGCGUACACGUGCUACGGACACUGGAAAAACGAAAAUACCGGUGUCAACUACGUGAUAUCCACGCCACAGGGACGAUCGGCUACCAAUUCCAGACGAUACUGUUUCAUCAUGUCACAAGUGAACGGAAUGGCUCAGCAAAUGUUGCACAUCGCCUCGGUGAUGGAAUCGUGCCAUCCUCACCCGCUGGGUCGGCUGCACUGGGCGUUUAAUAUAACGCAUCAAGGUCUGUGCAGUUCCGAUUCCAGCAGCUCCAUCGUUUCCGACUUGCCAGUCCUAGUCCUAUUUGCAGCCCUGCUGGCCGCCAUAGUCAAUCGCCGGUGA